AUGACAAUCGAAUGUCAUUAUCCAGCGGCUGAUGAGGUUACACCAUAUCAGAAGCAAAAAAUAGCCGAACUCAGACAGAAAGCUGCCAAGCAUCUGGCCAAAUAUCCUGACUACGAUACCGAUUUCUCACUUCUUAGAUGGCUGAUGGGAUGGGACUAUGACGUAGAUUUGAUUCUUCCGAAACUCCAGUACUCGCUAGAUGUGUUAACAUGCUUACGAUUGGAUGAACUGAAGGCGGAGAAUGUUAGUGAAAUUAAUGCGAAGAUUCGGUCUAUGUCCAGUGUGGCCGAAUACUUCCCAGGAGGUCUAAUGUGCCAAGACGAUGAAGGAAAUGUCGUAUACAUGCAGGCUUUAUCACUGACCCAUCCGAAAACUCUAAUUAGAUCAGGAGCUGUGAGUGAGCUGUACCGGCUCAGUAUUGUCGAAGCUGAAUUGGCAUUCAAACUUGUCAGGAAAGCCGAAGCUGCGACUAGGAGGAAGUUAGGAGCGAAGAUUAUCAUUGAUUUGGAUAACUUCAGUAUGGACGUUCUAUAUCCGCAAGCUGUUAGCAUCUACCUGAAUUUGCUCACUUUGCUACAGGCAUUGUUUCCGGAUUUUGGCAGACGUAUCUACGUCAUAAAUAGUCCUAUGAUGAUUAAAACCGUCUACGCAAUGGUACAACCAGUAUUGUCAAAGCAAACUAAGGAAAAGGUCAGUACGACUUUAUUGAUCGAAUUAUCAAAACAUCAAGUAACAUUUUUGGGAAAUGAUUGGAAGGAAUUCCUCAUCAAAGAGGUUUGUAUAAAUUCUACAAUUUUGUCAUGGAAAGGCAUGGUGGAAGAAGUUUUUCAGCUCGGAGAACAUAACAUUUACCGUCACUGGGGUGGAAGUAAAGCGUCCGAGCUUCCAACUGGUGAUAUCCGAAUGGGAGGAAAAGUUCCUGAAAAAUUACAGUACAAGGCAGAGGAUAAUGUCGAUGACGAUAAAAAAGGAUUCACUAAACUUACUGUAGCGGCACGAUCAAAAUCGGAGGCUUUCCCGACAUUUCGCAUCACUACCGAAUUCCAUCCAGAAUUUGGUUCGAUGGAAUGUAAAGAAAACGGCGAUUACACGCUCACAUUCGAUAAUUCACAUGGGAAAAUCUGGAGUAAAGAGAUUUCGUAUAAAUUUACACUGGAAUAA